GGGAGAAGGUUUCUAGGGAAAAACACCUUGGUGGCAACGGGAAAAGCAAAUCGGACGCCAUCUGUAGAGCUGCUCAGAAAUCAUGGACCAGAUAAAGGCAGUGCUAGGCACCCAGAGAAGAGGACUGAGGGCCAGCUGCUGGAAGGUAACUGUUGCUGCUGCCGUGGUGGGCAGCGUGACAGCUCUCUACCUGGGGAUCCUGCUGGCCUGUCAUCCUGCGGGAGAGACCAGCUUUGAGCACACAGUGGAGCUGCAAGGAAUCGCAUUCAAUAGCAGCUUACAGAUGGAGAACUCGGAUUACUACAGGGUGCUGACGCCUGCUCUUGAGAGGCUGUUUCUGUCCAGUUUCCAGGACUCCCAGCUGGACUGGAGCUGCACUGGUUGCACCAUCCUGGGCUACAGGAAUGGAAAUUCAAGCGUGAUCGUCCACUUUCGCCUCCGCUUUGCCCCCCAGGAUUCCCAGCCCCUGAGCUCUACCAUGGAGAAGGAAGCGCUCAGGCACGGGCUGGCAGCUGCUCUGCACAAGCAGGGUCUCUCCCUGGCUGCCUACGGGACGAUAUCCUCAGCUUCUCUUACAGGUCCCAGUGAGGUUUCUCCCUACAGACCUGGACUGAAAUCAGGGAGCUGCCCUGGAGACAUGUUCACUUGCUGCAAUACCCAGCGUGUGUGGAAAGAAAACCCUGAAUGCGAUGGCCAAAAAGACUGUGCCGAUGCCCCUGAUGAAAGGGGCUGUGACUGCGGGAGCCGCCCUGCCAUGCAGACUGCCAGCAGGAUAGUUGGAGGCUCAGAGGCAUCCAGAGGGGAGUUCCCAUGGCAAGUCAGCCUGCGAGAGAACAACGAGCACUUCUGCGGUGCUGCAGUCCUCACAGAGAAGUGGCUGGUGUCUGCUGCUCACUGCUUUACUGAGUUUCAGGACCCAGCCAUGUGGGCAGCUUACACGGGGACCACCUCCCUCAGAGGCUCAGACAGCAGCACAGUGAAAAUGGACAUCGCACGCAUCAUCCCACACCCCCUCUACAAUCCUGACACAGCUGACUAUGAUGUGGCCGUGCUGGAGCUGAAGAGACCUGUGACCUUCACUACGUACAUCCAGCCCGUGUGCCUGCCAGGCGCUGGGCAUCACUUCCCCACCAGCAAGAAGUGCCUUAUCUCUGGCUGGGGCUACCUCAAGGAGGAUUUCUUGGUGAAACCUGAGUUCCUGCAGAAAGCAACAGUGGAGCUGCUGGACCAGGCGCUGUGCUCCAGCCUCUACAGCCAUGUCCUCACAGACAGGAUGCUGUGUGCUGGCUACCUGGAGGGGAAAAUCGACUCCUGCCAGGGUGACUCUGGUGGGCCCCUGGUUUGCCAAGAACCAUCCGGCAAGUUUUUCCUGGCAGGAAUUGUGAGUUGGGGAAUUGGAUGUGCUGAAGCCAGGCGGCCCGGGGUUUACACACGGGUUACCAAACUCAGAAACUGGAUCUUGGAUGCUAUUUCUGCCUUCCCCACCUCCAUAGCCCAUACUGUCCCUCUAAAACACACCAGUACUAAUAACAACAUGGUCGGCUCUGAAAAGAUAAACACCACCACUACCGGAGCAAUCCCCACCACUUCACCAGCCCCAGCUGCCAGCAACCCAGUGACUGCAUCAAGACCACAAGAGUGUGGAGGACGACCUGGGUUCUCUAAACCCAGCAAGAUUGUGGGAGGAACAGAUGCUUCCAGAGGAGAGAUCCCCUGGCAAGUCAGCCUGAAAGAAGACUCAAGCCAUUUCUGUGGAGCCACCGUCAUUGGGGACCGCUGGCUGCUGUCAGCAGCUCACUGCUUCAAUGAGACAAAUCCAGAAGAGAUCGAAGCCUAUGUGGGAACAACAUCACUAAAUGGAACAGAUGGGAAUGCAGUGAAAGUCAAUGUAACAAGAGUGAUCCAGCAUCCCCUCUUCAACCCUAUUAUUCUGGACUUUGAUGUGGCUAUACUUGAGCUGGCAAGACCUCUUGUCUUCAGCAAAUACAUCCAGCCUGUCUGUCUCCCACUUGCUGUGCAGAAGUUUCCUGUUGGCAAGAAAUGCAUAAUUUCUGGGUGGGGUAACCUCCAAGAAGGGAAUGUCACCAAGCCUGAGAUCCUACAGAAAGCCUCUGUGGGCAUCAUAGACCAGAAGACCUGCAACUUCCUCUACAACUUCUCCCUCACUGACCGAAUGAUCUGUGCUGGCUUCCUAGAGGGGAAGAUAGACUCAUGCCAGGGAGAUUCAGGUGGACCCUUGGCCUGUGAGAUGACCCCAGGAGUGUUUUAUCUGGCUGGCAUCGUGAGCUGGGGAAUUGGUUGCGCCCAGGCUACGAAACCUGGUGUGUACUCCAGAAUUACCAAACUCAAAGACUGGAUCCUGGAUACCAUCUCACAGUUGCCCAGUCCUGGCACAGGCACCCCUUCCAGUUCAGCCAUCACGAGAACUUCUACUGCAGCCAUCCUUACUUGCCAGCCCAGCACAACACCUGCAAGUCCAAUCAACAGAACCACCCUGGGGAUGAAGACAAUCACAACCAUCAAAGAAACCUCCACAGCUCUGGAAACCACUGAGCCUGCCAAGCCCACCCAAACCCCAGUGGUGCCUUGUACUAGCCUCACCUUCAAGUGUUCCAGCAAGGUCUGUAUUGGAAAAGAAAAUCCCGAAUGUGAUGGCAUUGUCGACUGCAGCAACGGCUUUGAUGAGCACAACUGCGACUGUGGCUUAACAACUGCUCUGGCCUUCAGCAAGAUCGUGGGUGGCAGCACUGCGGCUCAAGGAGAAUGGCCCUGGCAAGUCAGUCUCUGGCUUCGGCAGAAGGAGCACAAGUGUGGGGCUGUCCUCAUUGCUGACCGAUGGCUGCUCUCUGCAGCUCACUGCUUCGAUAUUUACAGUGACCCCAAAAUGUGGGUGGCCUUUCUAGGAACACUCUUCCUGAGUGGCAUCGAUGGCAAAGUGGAGAAAAUAUUCCGUAUCUACAAGCACCCUUUUUACAACGUCUAUAGCCUGGACUACGAUGUGGCACUGCUAGAGCUGAACAUGCCCAUCAAGUUCAGCAACACGAUCAAACCUAUAUGUCUCCCAGACAAUUCACAUAUCUUCCACGAAGGAGCCAGAUGCUUCAUCACAGGCUGGGGCUCCACGAAGGAAGGAGGUGUCAUGUCAAAGCAUCUGCAAAAAGCAGCAGUGAACAUCAUCGGAGACCAGGCCUGCAAAAAGUUCUACCCUGUCCAGAUCAGCAGCAGGAUGGUGUGUGCCGGUUUCCCACACGGCACCGUCGACAGUUGUUCAGGUGAUGCAGGUGGGCCCCUGGCAUGUAAAGAACCCUCAGGAAAGUGGUUUCUAGCAGGAAUCACAAGCUGGGGCUAUGGCUGUGCCAGGCCACACUUCCCUGGUGUCUACACUAAAGUCACAGCUGUCCAAGGCUGGAUUGCGCAGAACCUCAAGCUCUGAAGCUGGAGUUCACCACUCAGGGAAGGUGAUGAAUGAGAGGAGUAAUUGCCAGAGGAUGCACUAACCCCUCAGCUAUUGUACAUUUUUUUUUGAUGCUGCAAAGUGGUGAAGAUGGCCUGCAGGUAUUAAGCAAAUGCCAGUGUUGUGUGACCCACUGCAGUUGUGACACCAGGGCAUUUGAUAACUGCUUGGCAUAGACAGGUACAAUUCUAGACAUUUUCUAUAAAUAAAUGAGGCCUGUCCCAUCUUAAGACCUGGCCAAACAUCCUUCGCAUUAAAAUGUGGCCUUUCUAGUUGGAGAGGUGCCUGAAGCACUGCCAGAGAUUCAUGUAGUUUGGCUGACCUCUGUCUAUGAGGUGUCAUUCCAAAGCCAAGCCAAGAGACAAGUGAACUUUGCCCCAGCUGAGUUAUGCCCUUGCAGAAGCCUCAGACCUCACUGCCUUGAUGGAGCUGUUAUGUUGUGCAAUGGCUUUUGGAAAGGGUAUGCUACUGUUUCCACUCAAUGCUUGGUACUAGUAAGCUCAGUGAUGAUCCCCUGGCCCACCAUUUGAUCACAAGAGAAGGUAGGACUGAAACACUUGGACCACACAGGCCCUCAUCUGUAUUAGAGAAUCAGGACAGGCUUCUCACACCCCCCCCAAGCUCCCAGGUCCCUUUGCAUAAGGGAACUGGUAGUUAAAUUGACAAAGAUUGAGGCAUAGCCACACAGACCACUGUUCUGGUUAAGCUAGGUGGGAAAAUUUCAAAGUGCUGAGAUAGUGGCCCAAG